ACCGCCGGCGGCGAGCCUGAGCCCGGCUUUUCCUAAGGCCCGGGAGUGCGGCGAGGACGCCGGGACCGGAAGCAGCAGUGGGAUGCGGCUGACGCGGACGCGCCUGUGCUCGCUGCUCGUCGCCCUGUACUGCCUCUUCUCCAUCUACGCCGCCUACCACGUCUUCUUCGGGCGCCGUCGUCGGGCGCCGGUCGGGACCCCCCGGGGCUCCAGGAAAGCGGGAGCGCAGGCGAAGGAGAGGCGCGGCCGAGAGCAGUCUGUCCUGGAGAGUGAAGAAUGGAAUCCGUGGGAAGGAGAUGAAAAAAGCGAGCAGCAACAAAGAAUUAAAAGUGGCCUGCAGAUAUUAAAUAAAUCCACCAAAGAAAAAGUAGAGCACAGGGUACAGAUCUGGGGAAAAGCUGCCAUUGGUCUGUAUCUCUGGGAACACAUUUUUGAAGGCACUCUUGAUCCCGCUGAUGUGACUGCUCAAUGGAGGGAAGGACAGUCAGUUGUAGGAAGAACACAUUACAGUUUCAUCACUGGCCCAGCUGUAGUUCCAGGCUACUUCUCCAUAGAUGUGGACAACGUGGUUCUUGUUUUAAAUGGAAGAGAAAAAACAAAGAUCUUCCACGCCACCCAGUGGUUACUUUACGCACAGAACUUAAUGCAAACCCAAAAGCUGCAGCAUCUGGCUGUUGUUUUGCUGGGAAAUGAGCAGUGUGAUAAUGACUGGAUAAUGCAGUUCCUCAAAAGAAACGGAGGCUUUGUGGACCUGCUUUUCAUAACAUACGACAGCCCCUGGAUUAACGGUGCAGAUGUUCUCCAGUGGCCUUUAGGUGUAGCAACAUACAGGAAGUUUCCUGUGGUUGAAGCCAGCUGGUCGAUGCUCCAUGAUGAGAGGCCCUAUGUAUGUAAUUUCUUAGGAACUAUCUAUGAAAAUUCAUCAAGACAAGCACUGAUGAACAUUUUGAAACAAGAUGGAAGUGAUCAACUUUGUUGGGUUUCUGCAAGGGAACAGUGGCAGCCUCAGGAGACAAAUGAAAGUCUUAAGAAUUACCAGGAUGCUUUGCUUCAGAGUGACCUCACAUUGUGUCCUGUAGGAGUGAACACAGAAUGUUAUAGAAUAUAUGAGGCCUGCUCCUUUGGUUCCAUCCCUGUGGUAGAAGAUGUCAUGACAGCUGGCCACUGUGGAAACACAUCCAGUCACCACAGCGCCCCUCUGCAGCUGCUCAAAGCCAUGGGUGCUCCCUUUAUCUUCAUCAAGAACUGGAAGGAGCUUCCUGCUAUUUUAGAAAAGGAGAAGACUAUAAUUUUACAAGAAAAAGUUCAAAGAAGGAAAAUGCUACUUCAGUGGUACCAACACUUCAAAGCAGAGCUGAAGUGGAAAUUUAUUAAUACUUUAGAAAAUUCUUUUUUUAUGAAUAAUAAAGGUUAAUCAUAUCUAAGUGUGUGCUUAUAAGUGUGUAUA